GCUGCAUACAGUUCUGCAUACAAAUUCUUAUCAAAAAAUGCAUCUAUAUGCAUUAUUUGAGAAAAUUUUUUCUGAAAUGUAUAUACAUUAUUCAUAUUUUUUUAAUGUAUUUAUGACAUUUAAAAAAACGUUGAUAACCUAAUGCAAGGAUGUAAUGUGUAUUACUUUGUUGAUGCUAUGUUUACUUUAUAUGUUUACUUUUUUUAUAUAUCAGAUGAUCUCCAUACUUGUGAGAAUUUUAACUUUACUUUCACAGAUAAUUGUACCUCGCCUCCAAAAAAUAGUGUUUUAGAACCUAAAGUGUCUGGCCGUAAAAGUUAUGUUACAACGCCACCUCCACCACAUUUUUCAGAUAAAAGAAAAAGUAGUAGAAAAGAGUUCAACUCUCCAAAAUCCAGUUCCCCAGACAUAAGCAAAAGGAAGUUGGUAGUGGAGGAUCCUAAAUACAGUUCCCCGGAUAAAAAGAAAAGGAAGUUGGUAUUAGAGGAUGCUUCAAUUCUUAGAUCACAUCAAUUAUCAUCAGUGGAUUUCAGUAGUAGCAGUAGCUCUGAACUGUUGUCUCCUGUAAAGAAUCAGGUGUUUUCGAAUAAUAGUACAGAUACAAUGAGUAUAUCUGUUGCAUCAUUUCAAAGAUUCCAAUCAAAAGUUUUUGAGAACUUUAUCGUUUUAAAAGAAAUGAUUAAGUCACUUGGUCAGCGAUAUGAAAAGGAUGAUUCACCUUACUUUAUUGAACAAUUAACUGAAAUUGAAAAAUUUAAAGAGUUUGAUGAUACUCUCAGUGAAAAUGAUAAAAAGAUGUGUUUUCUUAGUCGCUUUGAAAACUGUGGAGAAGCAACAUGCCAUGAAUAUGUUAGGAAUAUUAUGAACAAGGUUAUGUCAAAUGGCGUCAUGAGCGAAUACAAUUUGAACGGGAAGUUCAAUAAGCUGUCUUUUCGAAAAACAAAUAAAAUGAAGUUAAUAGUUGCAACUGUUGCGAAGUUGAAGAAAUAUACUGAAAAAGAUGUGGAAAAUAGUAUUGGUGUUACUUUGAAACACGCUCCUUUGCGAAAAGGUGGUGCGAAAAAUCUACGAAAUGACGACAGUUAAUGAUCAAGAAAUGAAACUUUAUAUUAUUUUAAUAUUAAAGAUUUUUUUUUUAAUAGAUUUUUUUGUCUUUA